AUGUUACUCCGAAUCAGUCUACCUCUAAUUCUACUGAUCGGAUCCUGUCAAAGUCUGGGAAAACGUCAAAAAUGUGAACCAAUAACAAUUCCUCUUUGCAAAGGAAUCGGAUACAAUAUGACUUCAUUCCCGAAUAGUUAUGGACAUGAAAAACAAGAAGAAGCCGGACUGGAAGUCCAUCAGUUUUAUCCGUUGGUUGAGGUCGGUUGCUUCCAACAUCUGAAAUUCUUUUUAUGCACAAUGUACACUCCAAUCUGCCAAGAAAACUACGACAAGCCGAUCCUCCCUUGCAUGGAACUCUGUGUUGAAGCCCGAAACAAAUGUAGUCCGAUUAUGGCGAAAUACGGAUUCAGAUGGCCAGAGACACUGUCAUGUGAUGCAUUGCCAAAGAUGUCUGAUCAAAUGACAACUGGAAAUAUCUGUGCAGCACCUCCAGAUACACCAAAGAAGGGACACAAGGGACAUCACAGUCAGAAGCAUCUAGACACCAGUCGUCCAGAAAUUGGAAUCUCCAAAAUUGAUAACGAAAUGGUUUUCCCUGAUUCUGUACCAUCUACAGAGUGUCAAUGCACCUGCAAUCAACCAUUCCAAUUCGUUGCUUCUGAAAAAUCUCGAGUUGGAAAUGUGACUAAUUGUGCCUACUCUUGUCACUCUCCAGCAUUGGCUGAAAAUAAGAAACUUGUCAGUAAUUGGAUGGCAUUCUGGAGUAUUACUUGCUGUAUUCUCGCAUCUUUCACAUUUCUCACUUUCCUCAUCGAAACUGAUCGAUUCCAAUAUCCAGAACGACCGAUCUUCAUGUUGGCAUUCUGUCAGCUGAUGGUUGCUGUUGGAUUCAUGAUUCGAUACUUUGUUGGACAUGAAGAGAUCGCAUGUGACUCGAUGAGAAUCAAAGGAUCAGAUGAUAACUCUGGAUCUCUCUGCUUCGUUGUCUUCCUCUUGACUUAUUUCUUCGGAAUGGCUGCAUCUGUAUGGUGGGUGAUUCUGUCACUUACAUGGGUUCUUUCGGCUGCUUCCAAAUGGUCUCCUGAAGCGAUUUCCUCGUUUUCAUUCCAUUUCCACGUGGUCGGCUGGUGCCUUCCUGCCAUUCAAACGGUCUUGGUGAUAGUUUUUAAUGCAAUCGAUGGAGAUCCAAUCACUGGAAUCUGUUACGUCGGAAAUACUGAUCUUCAAUUCCAACGGAUAUUUGUACUGGCUCCACUCGUCGUUUAUUUCAUGAUUGGAGUUUUAUUCCUUAUCAUUGGAUUCUUCAAUCUUUGGAGUAUUCGAAACGAAGUACAAAAACAACAUCCUUCACUGGAAUCUGCACACAAAAUCACACAAUUGAUGAGUAAAAUUGGGAUAUUCUCGUUGUUAUACACGAUUCCAUCACUGCUGAUAAUCUGCGUUCUCUUCUACGAACAAAAUCAUCGAUCACUAUGGGAACAGUCGCAGUUGUGUUCGUGUUCGCCGAAACAGACAAUUGGCGACUCUUCCCUAAUAAUCUCACUAAUCAAGACAUGCUGUAUGUGUAUACUUGGAUGGACAUCUGGAUUCUGGGUGUGCAGUACGAAGACACUUUCCUCGUGGAAAAAUGCAAUUUGUUGUUUAGGAUCCUCUCGCUCUUUACCAAAAUACCAACCAGCUGACAUUCUGUAUGCAAAAUCAGACAUGUCGUCACCUCAAUUCUACAAUACAAGUCUCCGACAUAAUCAUAUUUAUGGCGGAAUUCCUGACAAGCUGUAA